GCGGCACAGAGAAAAGGGGGUGGUGCCUGUCUUAACUUUCCUCUCAUAUAUACCUGUCUUUCUUUCCUUGGCUUGUUCUAACCCACUGAUUUUGAUGUGUGUAUUUUAACUUCUCUGAAGCUGCAGAAAGGGAAAGGUUUUUCUCUUCCGCUUUAGAGUCGGAAGUUUACUGUGUGUCGGGUAGACGCGGCAUCGAUCGAGCUUGGCAGAGAGCUCGGCGAGGCGUUGCUGCGGGAGCGCGAAGCUCGGCCCAGCUGAACUCGGUUCCCUGCUCCCAUCCUUGGGCUUGACAGACAAGAAGACUGAAGCCCAGAAAAGAAAGGCAGCUUGCCCAAGGCCUGUCAUUCCAGGAAGAUGGGCCGAAGAAAAUCAAAGAGAAAGCCUCCUCCCAAGAAGAAAAUGACUGGCACAUUGGAGACCCAGUUCACUUGUCCCUUCUGUAACCACGAGAAGUCUUGUGAUGUAAAGAUGGAUCGAGCACGCAACACUGGUGUUAUAUCUUGUACGGUGUGCUUGGAAGAAUUUCAGACGCCUAUCACAUAUCUGUCAGAACCCGUGGAUGUAUACAGCGACUGGAUAGAUGCCUGUGAAGCAGCCAAUCAGUAGUGGCUCUGAGAACCCAGCCUGCUUGCUGCCAAGGGUGGGCGUCCUAUUGGGCUCCGAGUAGCUGGAAGACUUUGCUGAGACCACAAAAGGAAGUGACUCUUAAGCUUCACUUGUCCCUCCCUGACCCAGGGCCCACCCCCAUCCACCCCCAUUCCUUCUCUCCAGAACAGUGGAAGAAGAAUGGUUCCCUCUGUAGCUCCAGCCUGAGCUAGGCCUCUACCUAUUCCUGAAGUUCUUGGAUUGGCGUCUGCAUUCAUUUGAAGGUGGGAGGGGCAGUGGUUGAAGGCACUAAGUCAGGCAGCUGCCGUGGGUCUCUGAAGGCUUGGGGCAGGUUUCUCUGUCCCCCAGUCCUCUUAAGACCAGACUUGGACCUCCCCCAGGGGAGGCGCAGAUACUGUGGCCUUACAUCAGUCAGAUGUGGCUGAGUUGUCUCGGAACUCCACCAGUUCCUGGUUUCCCAGUGAGCAAACAGCCCACCAGGGCUGGGGGACAAGAAGAACACAGAAGUGACUCCUGCCACUGGGACUUAGCACUUGAUUGGUUUUAUCCUCUUUCAUUUUAACUGUAAUCUUUCCUCCCCUUCCUGAAGUGACUCGAUUUCAGGCUGUCUAAAAGUCCCUCCUGUCAGUUACUACAAUUAAUACUGAUCUCGCUGAGAAAGAUGGGGAUUUGGUGGGUUGAGGGGGUAGGCAGGUGGAGGGAGAGAAACUACCAGUGUCCCUUUAAUAAACUACUCUCUGAGAGA